AUGACUCCAAGUGGGAAUGCGACAUCACCAGCGGGGAGUGGGUGGGCGGGAGGAACCUUCCUCUCUACACGGCCUCAUACGUGCAAGACCUGGCGAAUGACUCCCAAGUUACUGCGUAACCAGCUUCGCGACAAGUUCGUUCUCGUGUUCGGCGAUAGCGUGGCGAAGAACUUCGCGGCGUCGGUGAUGUGCGUGCUACACUCGUCCAGUUGGAACCUGACGGAAGAGUUUCAGUUCGAGUAUAGAGGGAGUGUCGCACACGGCAUGCAGAUACCGCGGUACAAUAUCCGCGUCGCUUCAGUCACAUCCAACUUCCUCAGCAACGCCACGGUCCUCCCAUCAACCUCCUCCUCCUCCCCCUCCCCCUCCCCCUCCGCCUCCCCCUCCCCGUCGCUUCCGCCUCUCCCUCCCCGAGUCAACCUGGACCAGCUACAGGGCGACAUUCUGAAUCUUAUGCCCCUUGCAGACCUUGUCGUUUUCCAAGCGACCAACUGGGCGCAGGAGCGAGCGUUCAAGGGCACCGCUGUGCUGCUGGGGGCGUCCCCUACGCACUAUGAGCUGCCCCUGCCAGGUGUCCCUAGGGGGUCGUGCCAGGUCAACCAGAAGCUCACGUGGCUGCAGGCGCAAGAGAUUCGACAGGGGGACACCAGUGUGGAGGGGUUUAGAGAGGUGGAGAGGCGGGUGCUGUCUGGGUCUCCUGUUCAAUACCUGGAUGUGGGGCCUAUGAGCGACUCACGACCGGAUGGACACAUACAGAACUGGAUGGAUCCAGGAGGGAUGAGUCCAUCCACGCGUGAUGAUUCCACGGUUCUGGUUAAUAGUCGUUUGAGUCGCGAUCACUUCAGACCGAGGAGACGAACAGUUACUGCUCAAGCCAGCGGGGAAAGCACGUUCACGAGUCCCAAGGCGGGGGCUGUAGGGGUGAAGCGGCUGCAGGAGGGAGCUGCGCCCGGCACAUACUACGGGCCCAAAAUUGACAACGGGAAGCCAAUCACUGUGGAGUUCGACCUCGGAUCUGAAACUAUCACAGUGGAGUCAAGGGAGGGCGAGAACCUGCUGCAUCUAGCUGAGAGAUGUGGCGCCAUGAAACCCUCUGAGGAGUUUUGUUUUGAAGGGACGUGCUGCCACUGCGAGAUGGAGGUGGAGGGAGGAGCGAGUGAGGCGGGGUAUCGUGCCAUGGGUGGUUCCGACCUCAUUCGAAGCUGCAUUUGCCCAGUGCCGGGUCGCAAUGGCGGCUCGCUCAAAGUGCGCAUUCUCUGUGAGGAGGACGCAUGGGGGGAUGGCGUUCUCCCAUCUGCGUCUCCUCCACUGUUCACCACCUCUGCAUCACCAAUCACCGGCGGUGCUGCUGGUCCUGCUGCUGGGGGUGUUGCUAUAGAAGCACCAAUAGCCACUGCAGCAGCAGCUGCUGCUGCUGGUGGGGCUGGGUUUGCUGUUGGGUGUGCCGGUGCUCCCGUUGCUGGUGCAGCAGUCUUUCUCGGCCAAUCACUGACUGGAUAG